AUGGCGACAACGGUGGACAAAAUCAAGGAGAUCGAGGCCGAAAUGGCUCGGACCCAGAAGAACAAAGCCACUUCUUUUCAUCUGGGCCAGCUCAAGGCGAAGUUGGCCAAACUGAAGAGGGAGCUCUUGACACCUUCAUCGUCUGGUGGCGGCGGUGGCAGUGGGUUUGAUGUUGCGAGAACUGGUGUCGCAUCUGUUGGCUUUAUCGGGUUCCCUUCGGUGGGAAAGUCCACCUUGAUGAGUCGACUGACGGGCCAACAUUCCGAAGCUGCUGCCUAUGAGUUUACCACCCUCACCACGGUUCCUGGCCAAGUCAUGUACAAUGGUGCCGCCAUUCAGAUGCUCGACCUACCGGGAAUCAUCCAGGGGGCAAAAGACGGCAAGGGUCGCGGCCGUCAAGUCAUUGCCGUCGCGAAGACCUGCCACCUCAUCUUCAUUGUUCUCGAUGUAAACAAACCGUUGACGGAUAAGCGCGUCAUUGAAUCGGAGCUGGAAGGGUUUGGCAUCCGCAUCAAUAAGGAGCCCCCCAAUAUCGUCUUCAAGAAAAAGGACAAGGAGGGUCUGAACAUCACGAGCACGGUUCCGCUGACGCAUAUUGACCACGACGAAAUCAAAGCGGUCAUGAACGAGUAUCGCAUCUCGUCGGCUGAUAUUGCCAUCCGCUGCGACGCCACCAUUGACGAUUUGAUAGACGUCCUGGAAGCCAAAAGCAGGAGUUACAUCCCGGUCAUAUACGCGCUCAACAAGAUUGAUUCGAUCACCAUUGAAGAAUUGGAUUUGCUCUACCGCAUCCCGAAUGCAGUGCCCAUCAGCUCCGAGCACGGGUGGAACAUCGACGAGCUCUUGGAACAGAUGUGGGAAAAGCUGCAACUGAAACGUAUCUACACCAAACCAAAGGGGAAGCAGCCAGACUACUCUGCCCCCGUCGUAUUGAGAAAAAACGCGUCGACCGUGGAAGACUUUUGCAAUGCCAUCCAUAAGACAAUCGUUGAGCAGUUCAAGCACGCGAUUGUCUAUGGCAGAUCGGUCAAGCAUCAGCCCCAGCGGGUAGGCCUUGCGCAUGAACUGGCCGACGAGGAUAUCAUCACCAUCAUCAAAAAGUGA